CGAAUGGCAAUGGUGCGAUUGUAAUAUUUUAUCUGAGAUGGUUAUUGUUUUCUUUAGAAAUCUAUAAUGUUUAUAACUAAAUAUCUGUUCAAAGAAAUUAUUCGUCAUUCUGUUAUUUUCUCCUAAAUUGUUUUAAGUUUUACCGUAACCAAUGGAUAUGGCUGCAACAGAAGGAGAGCAAAUUCAGUUUAGUGGGCAUACCCUGGACAAAGCUAUAAAAGCAAAAGUUCAUCUGGAAAACUACUAUUCUAAUUUAAUCGCACAACAUAUAGAAAGAAAAUCUAGACAUGAGAAACUUGAAGAAACUAUGAAAGAAGAAGGAUUGACUGAAGAACAGAAACAAGAAAAAAGAACCCAGCAUGCAUUAAAAGAAACAGAAUUUCUAAGACUAAAACGUUCAAGAUUAGGUGUUGAAGAUUUUGAACCUUUGAAAGUUAUUGGCAGAGGUGCCUUUGGAGAAGUAAGGCUUGUCCAGAAAAAGGAUACUGGGCAUGUUUAUGCAAUGAAAAUUCUCCGCAAAGCUGAUAUGUUGGAGAAGGAACAAGUAGCCCAUGUACGAGCUGAGAGAGAUGUUCUAGUUGAAGCUGACCAUCAGUGGGUUGUGAAAAUGUAUUACAGCUUUCAAGAUGCAAUGAAUUUAUAUUUAAUAAUGGAGUUUCUACCUGGAGGUGAUUUAAUGACACUUCUCAUGAAAAAAGACACCUUAUCUGAAGAUUGCACCCAAUUUUAUAUAGCAGAAACUGCCCUGGCAAUUGAUUCUAUUCAUAAACUUGGCUUCAUUCAUCGAGACAUAAAACCAGAUAAUUUGCUCUUAGAUGCAAAAGGUCAUAUCAAAUUAUCAGAUUUUGGAUUGUGUACUGGGUUAAAGAAGUCUCAUAGGACAGAAUUCUACCGAGAUUUAUCUCAGGCAAAGCCCAGCGACUUUAGUAUGUAUUUUGACAGAAAUGCAAGUAAUCCUAUGGAUUCAAAGAGAAGAGCUGAGAGUUGGAAAAAGAAUAGGAGGCAGCUGGCAUACUCCACUGUCGGAACUCCAGAUUAUAUAGCCCCGGAAGUUUUUAUGCAAACGGGUUACAAUAGCUCUUGUGACUGGUGGUCUCUUGGUGUUAUAAUGUAUGAAAUGUUAAUGGGUUACCCACCAUUUUGUUCAGAAACUCCUCAAGAAACCUACAGAAAAGUGAUGAAUUGGCGGGAGACUCUGAUUUUCCCCCCUGAAGUUCCUAUAUCAAAUGAAGCUCGAGAUCUGAUCCAGAGGUUUUGCUGUGAAGCAGAUAAAAGAAUUGGAGCUGGAGGUGGCGUCGAAGAGAUAAAGCAACAUCCAUUCUUUAAAGGGAUAGACUGGGCACAUAUUAGAGAGAGACCUGCAGCUAUACUAGUUGAUGUAAAAAGCAUAGAUGACACUUCUAAUUUCGAUGAAUUUCCUGAUGUGGAUCUUAAGAUUCCGUCAGCUCCAGCUCCUAAAGAAGGCGAUCCUGGCUAUAAAGAUUGGGUUUUCAUUAACUACACUUUCCGGAGAUUUGAGAGCAUCUUGACCCAAAUGGGAGUAAAGCAAAGCAAGCGAUCAUAAGCCUGCCUGUUAUCAGAUGCCAUGUACAACUGUGGAAUAAGAACCAUUGUCUUUCAGCUGGAAUUUAGUAACCUUUACACAGGGCCCAAUGGUGACACACUUUAGUAAAAGAGACAUAAAAAAAAGAGUGAUUAUACUCUAUAGCUUUAUAUUGUGUUCUAUUUUUUUUUCUCUUUGCAUAUGUUAGUUUGCCAUCCACUUGUAAAGAUAGAAACUGCAAUAUAUUUUUGCAACGAUGAGAAUUUUCUUAAAAUGGAUGUGCUUUUGCAAUUUAAGUAUUGUUUAGGAAAUGUGUUAUUAAAUAUGAAAGAUUGGCUUUAAUUCUGCAUGCAUAAGUUAUUUCAGAUCUCCCACAGUCAUUUGGAAUAGUUAUUGUAUUGUCCACCCACCUCAAGUCCCCAUUACAUACACAUAAUGAGCCAAUAGUAGUAUGUCAUAAUUCUCAUGUUUUCGUGUCUUCAUUUGUGUCACAAUGGGCAGUGGAAGAAGUGACCAAUAAGAUUUAUGAAGAUCUGUUUGAGUCUCAUAUUUAAAAAAAAAUUAUUUGUAGUUGAGUAUGUUUGCUUUUUUUGAAAAGUGUGUUUUUAGUUAUUUGGUAUGAAAUCCAAAGUCAUGUUACGUUUCUUAUGUUUUAUAGAAGCCCCAACAGUUGAAGCUUUGGGGUAGGCCAAAAUAUAGACCAAUAAAGAAUAGCUUAUGUUGUUUUUGUUCGUGUUGCAGGUUGUGUGUUGCUGAGGUAGAUUUAAGUUAUGAUGAAACAGGAUUCGGAUGUGCUUGGCUUUGACCCAGAAAUAGACAUUUCUUUUUUGCCUGUUUUUUGUAAUUUGUUUCAAUUAACAUCUGAUUCUUUUUAUUUUAAGUUCUAUUUCGAAAAAAAAAAAAAACAUGUAAUGUAAGAAUCUUUAUUUUAGCAUUCAUUAAAGAUUGUUUUAGAAACUUUCUUAAUUGAUUUUUUUAUGGCUAGGUGUUAUAUCAUGUUGCCUUAAGGAAAUAAAAUGCCUUUAAUUUAACUGCACUGCUUAUAUAUCAGUAGGUUUUGAGAAUUUGUAUCGUUUGUUAACCACUUUACACUUUCUAUCUGAAUAUAACUUUGAAUCCAUGUUGUAGAUUAAUUAAUUGUGUGCAGUUUUCUGAGUUUUUUUACUAGUUAUGCAUCUGUGCCUAAUAUUUUGUAAAGUAGUAAUUUUUUUUAAUAGUUGUAUUUUCUAACUGCAUGGUAAUUAAAGUUAGGUGAACAUUUUUUUUAAGGAAAUGGUGAAUUUUGUAUAUUUAAAAGUAUUUUUGCAUAAAGUUACUCUGCAAACACAUUAGUUGAAUCUUUUUUAAGGAGCAAGAGUCAAUAGCCAAAUGUCCAUAUAAGCUCUUUGAACUGUAGUUCUUUUUUUUAAAGUUUGUAGCAUUCAGAUAAAUGCUUUUAUUUUAUUUAUUUCACAUUGCAUUAUCUGGGUAGAGUAGUGAUUAUAAAUGGGAAUUAGAAUUGUGAUCGGUUAGAUUUUAGAGUGUGUCUUGUUACGUGUUUCUGUUUUAUUUUUCUCUUUGUUCAUUUUGUUAAUAUCAGUAAUCUUUGUAUUUGAUAUUAUAUGUUGGAAAGAAGUAUAUUUCUUGUAAUAAAAACUCGUUUCCUGUUUAUUUUAUUUACUUCUUUAUUUAAUUGGUUCUUUUAGAUAAAUUAUCUAGGUAAUGCUGAUGCUUUUAUUUGAUAUAUUUUGUGCAAUUGUAAAUCAGUAUAUAUGCUUGUUCAUUUUAGUAAUUUAUUCAGCUGUUAAGUCAAAAUAUUACUUUUUAAAAUGCCGUAAUAUAUUCCCUAUAGAAACUAAACUCAAAUUUCAAUAAACUAUUUGUAAGUAACAGUAUUUUUGAUAUAUUUCAUUGAUAGGAUUAAAUGUAAUUAUAUCAUAAUUAAAUUAGGUUUUGAAACUUAUGAUUUACACCAAUCAUGAAAUGAAAAAAUGAUUUGCAAAAAGGAAUGCAUAACUAUAUAUCUUAACAAGAAGUAUGUGUCAGAAAUUACAAAAUGGCAAAAUAUUAUACCCGAGUACCACAUAACAAUUUAAAAAUAUUAAUUUUCUAUCUGUAACAUUGUGCUAUAUUUAGUGCUAUAUAAUAUAGACCAUAAUAAUAUAUGGUAAAUACGAAUGUACAAAAAUGUGAAUAUAUAUCUCUGUUCCAUAAAGACUUUUUGUUUAUGUUCCUUGCCUUUCUUUUUCUUCCUAGGUAAUAAUUUGCUUUCAUAAGUAUUAAAAAUGGUUGUGAUUAAAAAAAUUAAGGAUUUUUAAAAUAGAAAAUUAAUUUUUGUUAAUAUUUUAUAUUUAUCCAAGUAGCAAUAUCAUUAAUUAUUUGUAAUAAUUGGCAGAAUAUUCUGCUCCAAAUUAAAUUUAUGCCUUGGCUAUUAAAUUAGAUGUUUAGAGAUUUAACAGAAUCAAUUUUGCUUUACUUUUUAAAUUGCAAUAUCUUUCUUUUUUUGCAGUUUUGCUUUUCAAAAUUUUUGUGAUAAUUAUUAGUGAGAUUGUGACAGCUAAUACAUUCCAGAUUUGGAGAAAAUAUCUUUUUUUAUUUGUAAUCUCUCACUUCUGUGUUAUUUUACCUUUUUCUUACGUUAAUUAUGAUAACUUUCUUUAGCUGCAAGAAGACUUUAUAAUUUCUUCUGUAUUUCAAUUUUUGCUAUUUAAUCUACUUAUUUCAUAAUGUAAUGUGUAUAAUUGUUUGUGCAAUAUUUUAUAUCUAUUAAUAUUUUGAAUACAAUUAAUAAAACAUUUUUCUAAGGUAUGAGAUAUAUUUUCUCCGGUGUUUUUUCUCCCUUGUUUUAAAUGUUGAUUUAACUGUUUAAAAAUUUUUAUAAAUUUUAGUUGUUUUACUUUUUUUAUUUGCAAAUUAUUAAACAUGUGUUAGUGCAUAACUGGCCAAUAGGAAAUAUUUUUUACCAGUUAAAAUGCUAUUAAGAUCUUAUAUACUGCUUAGCAUGCAUACACUGUUAAUUUGCCUAACUAUUUUUAGUCGUGUGAUAUUUCACAUGUUUUGUUCUUUUUCUUUUACAUGAAGUCAAUGUGAGUUAACAAAGAUAAUAAUUAAACCAAAGACAAUCAUGUCUUUUUUUACUCUGUAACAUAUGAAUAUCAUUACUUUUCAAUAAUAUGAAUGCAAUAGAUAUAUAGGAAUGAUUUAUAUUCGUAUUGCUUUUAUUUCAUUUCCUUUGUUCUUGCCCCAUUCUAUGUUGUUUUAGUUCAGAGUUUAUUAUUACUCUCGGUGUUGUACAUUUAUGUCCUGGAAGAGUCGGUAGUGAUUGAAAUAUGAGAAUUUGUUUGCAUUGCAUUAAAAAAAAACAUCUAUUUUAUGUCUGAAUAUUAUGUACUUAUGUGUAAUGUUUUAGAUAUUUAUUAAAAAUUCUAUAACAUUUC